AUGUACAAUGGCUCAAAUGUACUUCCAAUUGCGCGAUUUCUUCAUUACACACAUAUGAAGCAGGCAUUUCGAUCAGCGGUGGCAAAAUCCGAAUUUGCUUCGCGUAGUAUUUUAAGUCCAUUACUUCCAGAAGCAGCAAUAUUGUAUCUGAACGAAUAUGGACCGGAAAAAUUUGCUCAAACAUUUUUGGGUGAAUAUGACAAUCCCGAGAUAAUUUGGAACAAUGAAAUGAGGUGA